GCACACUGCACUGCCCCUUCGACAGUCAGAACAUGGCUCUACGGGAGCUAUCAUCGCUGGAGAAAUAUUUAGGACUGAAAAAGCCGAACAAAUACAGUACACAGGGGGAGAAAAAGGUGCCUGUGCUGCAGAAGGCCAAUGCCCCCCCCCUGGUAGGCUUGGUGACGGUCGCCUGUCACCUGGCGAAAGAGGCCAAGCGCCCCGAGCUGCUGGGAGACUCUGCAGAAAGCAGGGCGCUGGUGCAGCAGUGGCUGGAGUACCGGGUCACCAAGCUGGACGGCUGCACGAGGGAGGACGCCAAGACCGUCCUGAAGGACCUCAACCUCUACCUGCAGGACAAAGUCUACAUGGCUGGAAACCAGUUCACCUUAGCGGACACGUUCAUGUUCUAUGGAAUCCAUCCACUCAUAGUGGACUUUGCCGUCCAGGAGAAGGAGCAGUAUGUGAAUGUGACACGAUGGUUCGACCACAUUCAGCACUACCCGGGCAUCCGGCACCCGCUUCCUCCCGUAGUUGUGCUCAGGAACAAAAUUUACAGCAGCAAACACUACUGAGACACCCCCCCCUCCCCCUCUUCUGACCUUCCGAAUUUAAAUCAUCACCCCUAACACCUUUCCACAUAGUUGUAAUUUUACAAGGUUUUUAUUGCUGUUUUCAUGAUUCCUGCCUUUUAUGUUUUCCCCUGGUGAUUAAUCCGAACUCGCCUGUGUGUGUCUUGGAUCUACAGUGUACGGUUUGACAGAAGAAUCUUUAACGAGCAACACACAAAACAGCAGUUUAAGUGCAGGCAGUGCUGAAAUGCAAUUGAAGGAUUGCUUACUAAUAAAUAUCAAGUUCAGUUCAUAGCUUUAAAACAAAAAAUUUCAUUGCCCAGUGCCUUUGGGUGUUGACUUCAACUCAUUGAUUACGUGUCAUCAGCAGUUUGGUGUCUUAACCUUUUAUUUAUCUGGAGAGCAAAAAUGUGAAUUUAUACAGUUGAACCUUUGUGUUGUUGUUUUGUUUUGGUAAUUUUAAGAUUGUUCAGUUGCUUUCAAAGAGAAGCCUGUACGGGUUGCAGGAAACUGCUUACAGCUUGUUUCUAUUUAUAAAUGGUGAAAGAAUGAGGAUUUAUUUAGUCUAUUCUGAGCCUUGAACAUGCUCUUAAGCCUUCAGAGAUGUUACCUUACUGGUGAUACAUCGCGUCUCUAGAGCAGGCCGCCUCCUUUAGGCCAUAUGAAUGCUUCAUCGGCAACAGUUUACCCAAAUACGGGUGCUUCAACAUCACAACCCCAUAAUGAGCACAGUCCUUCUGCAUUCCUCUGGACCCCAAUGAUUCUACCAUUUGUUUUCUUAGGAUUCUAUGCCUUUCACAUGCCACUCUUAGCCAUUUCACUGGAGAAUUGAGUGUGUGUGUGUGUGUGUUCCUGAUUGCAUCCACUUCCUCGCCACCAGUCGUGUGGGCAGCAGUGAGCACUUGAGCGUCAGCCCCAGAGUCAGAGAUCAGAGUGAGGCUUCCAAUCAGUCCCACUACCACCACUGUUGAUGCUGCAGGCCAGAGAGAGGGCAGCGGGCUCACCAGCUGCCACACAGAUCCAGCCAGCCAGGGCCAGAACCGGGGCCCCUGGGCGACAGCCAGCCACUGUGUGUCAUUUCAACCCUCGCGCUCCCACGGGGGCAGAGAGAGAGAGAAGGACGAAGGGAGGCAGCGAGCGAGAGCAGGGUGGGGGGGUGGGGGGCAGAGAGGGAGAAGGAGGGAGAGGAAAAAGAGCACCCAGAGGCCGAGGGAUCUUUUUGUGACAUGUGAACAAUGAUCCGUGCCUCGGAUAGCCUCACUGCUGCUGGCUGGAUGUUUGUUAUUAGCACCAUUAACAGGCCUCGGCGGCACAUCCUGUAAGUUCACAUUUUGAAGAAAGAGAAGUGGGAAAUGAAAUGAUAUUUUAAAGGAAACUUGUACACUAAAGCAGGAGAGUGACAUUGUGUUUGCAUCAAAUUUCUGUUGUUCUUCAAGAUCUUCUCUUCACGCGAGUUUUGUAGCUUCUGUGUUGUUGUUUUUUGUCACCAUGGUGUUCACCCAAAUAAAUCUAAAGGAUACACAGCUCA